GACUCAGCAGCUGGACAGCUCUCACCACAGCACCCGACCACAACAACACCACAGCAGAGCGAACAGACAGAGAGCAAAACUGAAACAACAACUGAGUGAAAAAGACCACCACCAGAGCAAGAGGCACCACCAGUUUUCACCUGCAGCUCAACUCUCUCUCAGAUUCCUCCUCCAUCACCAGCCAUGUGGGUCCAGCUCGCCGUGGGACUGUGCUGCCUGCUGCUGGGCUGCCAAGUCCAGGGCAGAGCCGCGUCGCUCCGCAGGGCCAACGAUGACGCCACCGGCCGCUGUCAGUACACCUUCACCGUGGACAGCCCGGCCGAGUCCAGCUGCUCCCAGGCAGAGGAGGAGGGCGUGAGGACCCGCCUCGCCCUGCUGGAGGCGCUAGUGAGCCGGCUGCUGGGGGAGCAAGGCGGAGCGGUGGGUGAGGCUGGGCUGCGGAGAACGGCGGAGGAGGAGGAGGAGGUGAGCCAGCUCCAGCAGGACAAGGAGCGUCUGAACCGGCAGGUGCAGGACCUCCAGAGGAGGCUGGGGGAGCUGACGGUGGAGACGGAACAGCUGAGGAGCAGACCCUGCCACCAGCCCCAGCCCCCGCACCUCAGCACAGCCGACAGCGAUCCUGCUUUCCAGUUGGGAAGUGGAGCCUUUCAGGAGAUGAAGGCAGAGUUGUCUGAAGUGCCUGCCCCACCUCAGAUCCAGCAGGGACAAAACCAGGCCGCGACCGGUACCACCACACAGACAACGAGCAGUUUUUCAGGCUGUGGAGUGCUGGAGUCAGUGCAGCUCCCGGUGACUCACCGCAAGGCUGACAGCAUCACUGGCAAAUACGGCGCCUGGUUCCAGGACCCGGAGCCCGUGGGGCAGCCCUACGGCCCCAAGACGGUGUGGCGCAUCGACGCUGUGGGCAAGGAGGUCAAGCAGCUCUUCGCCUACGAGGACAUGGAGCAGCUGAUCCGGGGCUUCCCCAUGAAGGUGCUGCCGCUGCCCGAGGCCGUGGAGAGCACCGGCGCCACCGUCUACCGCGGCUCGCUCUACUACCAGCGCCGCCUCAGCCGCACGCUCAUCCGCUACGACGUCAACACCGAGAGCGUCGCCGCCCGCGUGGACCUGCCCCACGCCGGCUUCCACGGCCAGCACCCGUACUCCUGGGGCGGCUACACCGACAUCGACCUGGCCGUGGACGAGAGGGGCCUGUGGGCCAUCUACAGCACCAGCAAGGCCAAGGGCGCCAUCGUCGUCGCCAAGCUGGACCACGAGAGCCUGGAGGUGACCAAAACCUGGGAGACCAACAUCCGCAAGAACACGGUGGCCAACGGCUUCAUGGUGUGCGGACGGCUGUACACCGUGGCCAGCUACAGCCUGCCCAACACCACCGUCAACUACAUGUUCGACACAGACACCAACCAGAGCAGAGCCAUCAGCAUCCCCUUCAGCAACCGCUACCACUACAACAGCAUGAUCGACUACAACCCAGGCAACAAGAAGCUCUACGCAUGGGACAAUUACCACAUGGUCACCUAUGACAUACAGCUGGCAGAGUCAGACAGCAUCCCCUAAGCACACACACACAAAAACACAGAGUGACAGACAUUGUUGUAGUGCAACCAAAAUAGUGAUAUACUGUAUACAUUCAAAAAUCUCAGCCAUGUUAUUUUCAACAAAAAUAUAAUGAACUGCUUUAACAAAGAUAACUGCUCAGUGUUACAAUUUUGUAUAUGUUGUCCUUAAAUAGUUCAAAAGCAGAGCGUAUGCAGUACGCAGAGUUGGCUAUUUCUGUAUAUAGAAUAUUAUGAUUAUUUACCUAAAAUGUAUUUUUGUAUAAAAACUGUUGUAAUUUGUUGUCUCCUUAUCUCAUCUCUCACUGUACUAAUUUAAAUAAUAAAAUGUUAAAAUGUGA